AUGGACGGUCAAGAUCCUACGUAUAAUUCAAAUCUUGGUUCUUCACUUUAUAAUCCAAUGAUUUCACCAUUGACUUUAUCAACAACUGAUGCCAAAUAUAAUUCAUAUGAUAUGAAUGCGAAUGAAAAUAAGCCAUUUAACGAUGUUAAUGGAAUGAUACAACAAAUCAUGUCAAUUGUCGAUCAAAGCCUUGAUGAAGCUCAAGCGCGAAAACAUGCGUUUAAUCAAAGUCGACUCAAACCUGCUUUUUUUCAAGUAUUAUGUGAAAUAAAAGAAAAAACAGCCAUUAAUCUUCGAAAUUUUUCUGAAGAUGAACCACCUGAUGCUCAAUUAAUGCGUCUUGACAAUAUGUUAUUAGCAGAAGGUAUUGCUGGACCGGAACGAUUAGGUGGUUCAUCGUCAUCUGUUGCCAAUGCUAAUGCAGCAGCAAGUAUCAAUGAUGAAUCUGCACUUGAACAUGGAGAUUAUCGAGCGAAAUUAUCACAAAUUCGACAACUUUAUCAUACUGAAUUGGAAAAAUAUGAACAAGCAUGCAAUGAUUUCACUAGUCAUGUUAUUAAUUUAUUACGAGAGCAAAGUCGAGCGCGACCAAUAUCACCACGAGAAAUUGAUCGAAUGGUAUCAAUAAUUCGGAAAAAAUUUUCAUCAAUUCAAUUACAACUCAAACAAAGUACAUGUGAAGCUGUGAUGAUACUUCGUUCGCGGUUUCUUGACGCACGACGAAAACGUCGUAAUUUUAGUAAAACAGCUACUGAAGUUCUCAAUGAAUAUUUUUAUUCACAUCUAUCGAAUCCAUAUCCAAGUGAAGAAGCCAAAGAAGAACUUGCUCGUAAAUGUGGUAUUAGUGUGUCACAGGUUAGCAAUUGGUUUGGUAAUAAACGUAUUCGAUAUAAAAAAAAUAUUGGCAAAGCACAAGAAGAAGCAAAUUUAUAUGCAUCGAAAUUGGCAAAUCAAGCAGCACAAGGUGUUUGUGGUAUGCGUCGAGACAGUGAUAGUCCACAACAAGCUGAAUCUACACGAAAAGUUCGUUCUCGAGUCAGGAACUAA